UCCCUUGGCUGCACAGGGGCUGCUAGAUUCCAGGAAUAGUGUUUUCUGUGCCUUUGGAAAACCCUGGUUGGCAGCCUAUUAGUUGAGAAUGAGGACAGCAGAGGAUUCCUCAGGGACUGUCCUUCACCGCCUCAUCCAGGAGCAACUGAGAUAUGGCAACCUCACAGAGAACCGAACGCUUCUGGCAAUACAACAACAGGCACUGCGUGGAGGGGGAAGCGGAGGCAGCCCAAGGUCCUCCCUGGAGAGUCUCACCCAGGAAGAGAGCCAGAUGGUUCAGCAGUCCACACGCCAGGAGCCCCAAGGCCAGGAGCACCACUGUGACCACCUUUACCUGGAAAAUAACAUGUAUCGGCUCUAUCCGCCUCAGCACAAAGGAGAGGAGCUUCCCACCUAUGAGGAAGCCAAAGCCCAUUCCCAGUAUUAUGCCUCCCAGCGAGGAGGACAGCAAACUGGCACAAUCUCUGAGGCACGUGCUGAGGUGGGGCAACGUAGGGCCUGUAUCUCUGAUGCCAGCAGCAAGCACCAGGAUGAAUCCUUGAAGGAGCUGAAACAUGGGCACGUGAGGUCGCUCAGUGAGCGGCUCAUGCAGAUGUCUCUUGAGAGAAAUGGUGCCAAGGCUCAGGGCCACAUGAGCUCCUCUCACAGCUACCCGCAGCUUUCCAGGCAGUACCAGCUCUGUGUCUCCAGAGGCAAGCUCCCAGAGGAACUGGAGCUCCGUGGUCCCCCUCCAGAAUACCCCUAUAUAAUCCCUUCACAAGAGGUUGAAGGCAGUUACCUUCCAGACACCAGGCACCACUACAGAGAAGGUCCAGGAUUUCAGCAUCCUGAAAUCAGGGCGAUGCAAGCUCAGAUGGCUCAGGCUUUCCUGCCACAGCAGGCCACACUGUGCCAGAGUCCUCUGGGAUCACUAACUUCAGCUGGAGUGGAGGCCCUGAUGACAGCCCAGGCAGCUUCUACCAGUAGCCACUUGUCCCAAAUGGAAGCCGUGUUGAUGGAGAACGAGAAGCUGCUGAGAGAGAAUGAGAAGCUUCAGAGGGAAAAUGAGCUCCUGCAGCGGGAACUGGAAAACUACAGUGAAAAAGCCAGCCGAAUCCAGAAGUUGGAAACUGAGAUUCAGCGAAUUUCAGAAGAUUAUGAAAACCUAAUGAAGGCAUCUUCUAAGCGAGAGGCAUUGGAGAAGGCCAUGAGGAACAAGAAGGAUGGAGAGAUACGGAGGUUGCAGGACUUCAAUCGGGAUCUGAAAGAACGUCUGGAAUCAGCAAACAAGCAGCUGACCAGCAGGGCACAGGAAAACCAAGAAGCUAACCAAGGGACUAUGGCAAAACUUCUUGCACAAAAAUACCAGCAAGAAAAAGAACAAGAAGUUGCAAUCCUGCGUAGUGCCAAUGAAGACCAACGCCGGAGGGCAGAGCUACUGGAACAGGCUCUGAGCAAUGCCCAGGCUCGAGCUGCCAAAAUGGAGGAUGAGCUGCGGAAGAAGCGUGCCUAUGUGGAGAAAGUGGAGAGGCUGCAGCAGGCCCUGGGGCAGCUCCAGGCAGCUUGUGAGAAGCGGGAGCAGCUGGAACUGCGUCUCCGCACUCGCCUAGAGCAGGAGUUGAAGAUGCUGCGGGCUCAGCAGAGACAGAUGGUAACACCAAGUGGAGGAUCUUCUGAGCAGAAUGCCCAUUUACUGUCUGAACAGCUGAGAGAGAAGGAAGAGAAGAUUCUAGCCCUAGAGGCCGAUAUGACUAAGUGGGAACAGAAGUACCUAGAAGAGUGCACCAUGCGGCAGUUUGCCAUGGAUGCUGCUGCCACUGCUGCUGCGCAGCGCGAUACCACCAUCAUCAACCACUCCCCACGCCAUUCCCCCAACAGCAGCUUUGACGAGGACCUCUUGCUGGCCAAUCACAAGCACCAGGAGAUGGAGAACAGGUUAAAAACACUGCAUGCCCAAAUACUGGAGAAAGAUGCAGUUAUCAAAGUCUUGCAGCAGCGCUCUCGCAAGGACCCUAGCAAGGCUCUUCAGGGCUCUCUGCGACCUGCCAAAUCUGUGCCAUCCAUAUUUGCAGCCUCUGGGACCCAGUUUUGGCCAGGCAUGGCUGGCAGUGAAGAUGGCUCCCGAGGGAAGGCAGCCCCCAAGGCCUCAACAGAAGCUGACAACCCAGCAGCUUGUAUCCCUCCUCCCACCCACACCAAACAUGGCAGCAAAGAUGGGAGUACACAGACGGAAGGCUCAUCUGAGACCCCUCAGUGUGAAGAUCUUGAGCCCCACCCAGAAAGCAGCAGUGGUGUGGCAGAUUCAUUAGAGGCUUUGCCAGCUGCUAAAACUCUGGACCUGUCUGACAUGGUGGAGAUUCUCAUCUGAGGAAUGGAGACUCACUGUGCACAUGACCAGAUCUGGCCACUCCUUUCUGCCUUAUCUGAGGAUAGUGACUGACCAAAAGCACACAGGCUGAAGAACCCUUUGGCUAUUCAGAUGGCCUGCAGAGAGACUUUGCAAGGGGAGCUGGUAGAGAAUACCAAGCAGAUUUACUGUGGCAUUUUGGAUUGCAGAGCAACAUCAGCAGCAGGCUUCCGUUUGUGUUUUGAGUUAUGCUGAAAGGUUUCUCUCCUCUUCCAAUGGACUGAGCAACAGCAGGCAUUCAGUUUGUCAAGUCGGUGCUUGCAUGGAAGCCAUUGCGCCAUGCUUUCUUUGCCACUGGCUUUCCUGAGAUCUGGGAAGGAAAACUGGGAAGCUGAGUGGGACUCUGGUGCUGCCUGGGUGUAGCCCCAUAAAGGGUGGCAAGCUGGGAUUUGACACCAAAAGGUGCGGUAUGCCUGAUUUCACUGGGCUCCUGGCAGGUACCUGGACCUGAAGCGUAAGCUGUCUUAAGCAAAGAGUAUUUGUCUGGUGCUGGUGUGGCUAGAAUUCCCUGCACCCUGUUCUCCCCCCCCUUGUCCCACCUCUCACCUCCUGAGCAGGGGGAUGGCUGUGGAUACAGGGGACUGCAAGCAAUUGGCUACUUUUUGGCUGGGGGGUAGCAUCUGACCUGUCAUAGGUACUGAGGCAGAGGAUCAGAGAUGGGUCCCAUUUUAUUGUAAAUAUGUUUUCUUCUGUAACAAGCCCGAUAGUAAUCAACAUUUCACUCAGCCACAGUUCCUCUGUUUUGACUUUCCUUUGUUCCUUCCUGCUGCUUGCAGUGUGGGUCUGCCUCAUUUCUCUGUUUGGUCCCCAUCGAGCUUUUUUUCUCUAUUGUUUUUUUCGUAUUUCUUUUAGUGUUUCUUUUUUUUCUUUUCCUCCAUUUCAUAUCCUGUUUGUCCAGAGUUAAAUAUCCGCCUUCAGAGUCCUUCAGAUUCCAUUUCCUUUGAAGCAAUUUCCCAUGAUGCUUCAGACUGGAAUUUUCCUUCUCUUUGUUUGAAUUGCAGCCACGAGCCAAGUGUUUCUGUUUGGUGCGUUGUAGCUUCCAAGCUGUCUUUUUAAACUGGAUGCAUCCCCAUGUGGUGUAGAUCAGCACAGCUGUAUUGGGAUGAAUAGCCCUGAUCCCCAGCUGGCAUAAUCCUGGGGUCAUUCCAUCAGCAGAAAAUACCAUCUAGUCCAAGUCAAGGUCAUGGUUGGGCCUCUUUCAGAUGGGAAUGAUGAUAAUUCAGAGAAGCAGUGCUUUAAAAGUGAAUUGGGACUUACUCCAAGAGAGCAGGGAAAGUAUGGCAUGGUAUGUGUGCGGGGGUUUGUGUUGAGUUGAUAUGUUCGUGAAGUGGGGGAUGUGGCCUGCAGCUAGUCUUUUGCUAAAUAAAUAAAGGGCAUUUAUGGGAAUGAUGUGAGUGAAUAUGGAAAUGUAAAAACAACUUUCUACCACAGCUAUGUCUUUUUAUUUCUGGAAAAGUAUUGAUUUUACACACAAACACCUCUUUUUCUUUCUCUGGAUCCACUCCAGCACAUUCAAGCCUUGAUCAUACAAGAGCCUUCUACACUCCUGUCUACUGGCAGCUGGCUUCUGACAGUAGCCAACUUGGAUGUUAAUGCAUUUCUUUUUCCACCAAAGCUUUCACACAGUUUUCGACACCGCCCCCCCCCCCGCCCUUGCUCCCCUUCUCUGUUAAACACAUGCAUUUGCUGGACAACUGCAUUUUUUUAAAAAAAAAAAAUCCCCCUCCAUAGAUCUGUUUUUUAAAAAAGAUGUUCAGUCGUGCAUUGUUUACAAACAAAGCAAAAAAAAAAGUUAUGAAAGAGAGAGAAAGAAACACAUCUUAAUAUAUUUCGUAUUAAUAUUGGUAUUCCUUUUAAACUAUUUUUGUGCUGUGAACUUUUUUUUCUGCCAAAGACAAUGAGGGGUGUUUUUUUUGGUGCGUUUUAAGUUAUCUUAAGUAUUUAAAUGUAAACCUGGCUGUUUUAUUAUGCCGCCUUAUACCGAGAUUGCUGUAGCAUUCCACUUGGUAUAACAAUAUUUUAAUAAAAAAAUAAAUGUUGUCUAACAA